GGGUCUGACACCACAGCAAAUGCACUCGCAAACAUUCUGUUCAAUCUGUUGAACAAUCCGGACGCUCUCGAGAGAUUGGCGAAAGAGGUCAGGUCAAGAUUUGCCGAUGUUUCCCAGGUCCGACCCGGCGCAACGCUUCAAGAAUGCGAGUACCCUUCUGCCUGCAUUGAUGAAGGGCUGCGAUUGACGCCUGUAGUUGGCGGUUACCUCCAGAGGGGGUUGCUUGCAGGAGGCGUGUCGAUCGGCGGCCAGGUUGUUGUCGAAGGAACUGAUGUGGGUGUAUCACACCACGCCGUUAUGCGAAACAGGGAAUAUUUCGAUAAUCCCUAGACGUUUGAUCCCCAACGCUAGAUCCCAAGUGAGAGUGGGGAGGAGACGGUUCGGCGCGCAAGAGCGGCGUUCUAGCCCUUUGGUAUUGGCCCCAUUGGAUGCAUCGGAAAGAACUAG